GCGCCGCAGCGUACACAGCAUCGCACGCACGCUGCGCACCUGUUUCGCAGCCUCCGUAGCCCACCGCACCACACUGCAACAAGAUGUCCAGCUUCUCCACGGUCCUCACAAGGCUGGGCCUCGAUGAACACAGCCCAUUGCUCGCCUCAGGAAUAGCGCAGGACUUGGUUGAUGGGAAGCGCACCAUCGCUAUUCAUGACUACGCGCUGCCGGAUUGGUGUAAGGACGUCGAUAUCGCCGUCGUCGUGAAGAAUGACGACGACGCGGGUCUGAUCGUGGGCGUCGUGCGCUUCGGCGAGGACAUCGACUACGCCAGCGACGACGCUUCGUUCACGCGGGACGCGGCCUUGCACGGCACUACUGAAAAUCUAGGACGGGGCUGGGUCGUCCGUGCUGCGCGGCGGUGCGAGCACUGUAACACAAAACUCAAACCAAAAUACAGGGACUUUUUUGAGGCCGUCGCGGACACGGAGGGCCCUUCAUUCGUCAUUCUGCACCCGAUCUACGGGAAGAUCGCGUCCGUGGCCAUCGAUCACAUUAUCAAACGAUUGCCCUCAUUGCCAGUCCCGUCCGGCUCUAAGCAAGGUUACCUCGGCGCGUCGGUGCCCGCCGUGCUCGCGGCGUGCCCGCUGAACGUCGUCAAGGCGUCGGCAGUCUGCGCCGAGGGCGUUUUUAAAGCUGCGGACGGCGUCGCGACGGCGCCGAUAUCGCGGGCCGACCUGAUGAAAGGGUUCCUCGUGCACAGCGACGAGGACGGGAAGCCGAUCGCGAAGGGCGGGCCCCUGCGCUUAGCCUUCCCGGACGGCGUCGCGGUGCAGAGCGCGAUCUGCGGCACGGCGAAGCCGCCGGACCUAAAAGACUGCGUCAGCCUCGAGCUGCGCGACGAGGUCCAGAGCUAAUUGUUUGUUUUUUAU